AUGGCGAAAAGUAGCGUCGUCGAAGGCGUUUUCGCCAUCAACAAGCCUAUUGGUCUUUCUUCUGCGCAGGUGAUUCGCGAUUGUCAGCAGCACUUCAAUCCUUCGGCCCUCUUCGCCCCUCUUGUGGAGCAAGAGGUUAAGAAGCGAAUCACUGAGCCUAAGGGACAAUUUAAGAGGCGCAGCCUCGCCAAGAAGGCUGCUCGCGUGAAGAUGGGACACGGAGGCACCCUGGAUCCGCUCGCUACUGGCGUCCUGAUCCUCGGCGUCGGCUCGGGCACAAAAUUCUUACAGUCCUUCCUCGAUUGCACCAAGACAUACGAGACCAUCGUUCUCUUCGGAGCCGAUACGGAUAGCUACGACCGCACCGGUAGGAUAUUGACGCGGAAGCAGUACGACCACAUCACCCGGGAGUCGGUAGAGAAGGAACUCGACAGUUUCCGGGGCAAGUUCGAGCAGAUCCCGCCUCUGUACUCUGCCCUGAAGAUGGAAGGAAAGCCACUCUACGAAUACGCCCGCGAGGGUAAGCCCAUCCCGCGCGAGAUUGUGGGGCGCGAGGUCGAGGUGAGGGAGCUUGAACUCCUGGAGUGGUACGAACCCGGCACGCACAACCACCGGUGGCCGACGGAAGAAGCCGAGACGGCCGAGAAGAACCUCGCCGAGCAGGUCUGGCGGGUCGAGAAGCAGCAGAAAGCCACCGGCGCGAAGAAGAUGACCCCGGAGGAAGCCCUGGAGGAGGCCAAGGCCGCGUCGGCCCACGAGUCGCUGAAGCGCAAGUUCGACCAGAGACAAGACGAGCUCGUAAGAGACAUACCAGCUAAGCGAAGGAAGUCCACCAAGCAGGUUGCGCUAAUGUCAGGUGCGUUGGGACAGCUCCCCGCAUCACCGGCCACCGAGGGGAAGGGGCACAUCGACGUCUCCCCGCCGUCGGCCGACUCCCCGCCGCCUUGGACCGAUAAGGGCCCCCCCGCCGCCCGGAUCCGCAUGACCGUCACGUCGGGUUUCUACGUACGCAGCUUCUGCCAUGACCUGGGUGUCAAGGUCGGCUCGGCCGCCAUGAUGGCCGAGCUCGCCCGGUCGCGACAGGGCGACUUCUCCCUAGGUGAGAACUGUCUGGAAUACAGCGACUUGGGGAAGGGGGAGAAGGUAUGGGCGCCCAAGGUGGCUGCCAUGCUUGAGGCGUGGAAGGAGAAGCAUCCCGACGGCCCGGCGCGUCAGGAAGCGGCGAGGUCAGACCGCAAUCAGAAUUUGGGAAAACGACAGGCCAACGGCAACGGGGAGCAACCGGAGCCCAAGAAGCAGAAGCGAGAGCGCGCUUCGGAUGGGGAGGGCGCGGCAGAGAAGAGGAGGAGGAGAAACUCCAGCUCGGCGGAUGAGGCCGAGGCCGAGGUUGAGAAGAAGCAGCACGCUCGGUCUUCGCCCUCCCCCGUGGCUUCUGGCGGCGGGGAGCAAGCAUCGAAAGAGGAUACCCCUCGGAAAGCAACCGAUAACGAGUCUGAGUGGGAAGGCAUCAAAGAUUAG